AAGCUGAUACCGUGAUUAAUAUACAUUAUAAAAUGUUCAUGAUGUGUGUCAAAUAAUUUCAAAAUUCUAUUACGUUAACAAUGGAUAUCACAGUAAAAGAUAUAAGUGGAGGAACCAGAUGGGUUUGUCCAAGUGAUAGACAUUUAUCCUUGAGAGCAAAACUCCAAACAGGCUGGUCUGUAAAAGCUGCUUCUUUAGAUUCGAAAUGGGGUACUUAUUCUAAUUCCUAUUCAGGUGGCACAAAUCGAUGUGCGCAAUCGUUUGUACUUACUGAAGAAGAACAACAAACAAUCAUACAAGUCAUUCAGAGAGCAGAAGCUUUGAACUUAUCAGAACAAGAAAGAAUUGGUAGAUUAGUAGAAAGAUUGGAAAAUAUGAAACAUAAUGUCUGUAUUGUUACUACAACAAGAUUAAACGAAAGGAAAAGAUGUAGUAGUAGAUGUUUCAAUAGUGCGCAUUGUGUAUGUUCUUGCGCCCUUUGUGGUGAAAAAUUUGGAACAGUAUUGGGUGCAUCAGCGAAUCUUUGUAAAGAUUGUCGAAAAUAUAUAUGUCAGAAAUGUGGUAUCGAAACAAACGAAUUAAACUCAACACUUUCUAAUAUUUCAACAAUGAGGGAAAAGACGCAAGAAAGAACAACUGUACAACGAAUCGUUAGACGAUCUAGCAGUAAUCAAAAACAGUUUCUUUGUCGAAUUUGUGCCGAGACUAGAGAAAUGUGGAAAAAAAGUGGGGCUUGGUUUCUCAAAGGAAUGCCAAAAUACAUUUUACCGGAGAAAAAGGAACGAGGAUGGUCGCGAUCUGUUUAUAAGACAUCCACUUGGACAAUCGGUGGUAAUAAAUCCCAUGAAUCUACAGAGUUUCAAGAUUCUUCUUCUGAUGAAGAAACCACGCGGCGUCUAGCUUUAGCUCGAGGACAAUCUAGUUCAAUCUCUAGUUUGCAAAAAAAUCAAGAUAAUACCACUAACAAAAUCCAUUCAACAUUGUCGGAUUCUGUUCAGUCAACUAGUAGUACGUCUAAAUCACCAGGCCAACGAUCGAAUGGUCUCUUGCCAUUAAAUAGCCGUGAAGAAUAUUCAGAUCAAUUAGACAGAUCUACCCUUUCUAUAAGCUCUCAAUGUAAUCGUCUUUCGCCAAGCCCUACAAGUCCUCGUUCACGAAUAAAUCCAAAAGCUAGUAAUGAUUCCCAAAUUGAACAGCACGUGUCGUUUGAAGGUGAAAUUAUCGAUGAAAAAAACAGGAAACUUGAUGAUAUUAACGAAGCUACUCGUAAAUUAGAGUUCAAUUCAUAUGAACAAUCAAAAAGCACUCAGGUACAAUCUCCCAGAUCAAAUUUUACAACAGUUCCAACGACACCAACAAUGACAAUUACAGCAACAGAACAACUUCCAGACCAGAAUCAGAUCCACGAAAAACGCAUGGAUCAAGAAGGAAGGCAAUCCUCUUCAGAACAAGAGAAUCUCCCAUAUCUUUGCAGCAACAAUCAAGUUAAUUUACGACAACAAAUGCCAGAGUACGGAAAGAGACAAAAUUAUGGAACUCUCGAAGUAUCCUUGCGAUACGAUCCAGUAACUCAAUGUCUCCAGUGCAAAGUGGAACGAGCACGAGGUUUACAACCAAUGGAUAUCCAUGGUCUCGCUGAUCCAUUUUGCAAACUCAACAUAUUACCUGUAGAUAUAGUUACGACUACGAAACGACUUCAAACAAAGACAGUCCACAAGACACGAGACCCGGAAUUCAACGAGACACUAAAUUUCUACGGUACAACAGAAACCGAUAUACGGAAUGGCAAGGCAUUGCACGUAUUAAUUCUACAAGACGAUUCAGCAGGCCAAGAAUUUUUAGGAGAAGCGAAAUUUCCUUUGCAUGAAUUACAACCGCAUCAAACAAAACAUUAUAAUGUUCCACUGCAGAAUCACUAUCCAGUGGAUAACGAAGAAGCAGCUUGGGGCGUGUUUUCCAGUGGACGAGGACAGAUUCAAGUGAGUCUAAGUUACUGUACACGACGGCGAGCAUUGAUGGUCACAAUUCAUCAAGCUACAAAUCUUCUUCCUAUGGAUAGUAAUGGAUUUUCUGAUCCAUUUGUCAAGUUGUGCCUUAUAGAAAACAUAACAAACAAUCAUCGACAACGUGUCUUCGAUUAUUCAAUCGCACGUAUUACCGCUAAGAAACUAGUAUCGAAAAAAAUCACAGGCCGAAGUUCACAAAGUACAACAAUCAAAUGGAAGACUUUAAAUCCAGAAUGGAACGAGGAGUUCGCAUUUGCUAUUCGAUUAACAGACCUUAUGAAAUUCACAUUAUAUCUUACAGUAUGGGACAAAGAUUUUGGCAAGAGUAACGACUAUCUUGGUGGACUUGAAUUAAGUUCCAAUAGCAAAGGAGCACGAUUGCAACACUGGAUAGACGUAAUCAAAUUUCCAGAUCAUCGCCAUCGAGCUUGGCAUAAUUUAAUCGAUACCAUUUUGCCUACAGAAUAAUUUAUAUUUUUACUUUUGUUAGCAUGUUGUUCAAAAUGUUUUAAUAAGGUCUAUAUAGUCAACAUAUAUAAUAAUCUGCAAAAUAUAAUUUAUUUACACACGAUCUCUACUAUUGCUCAAAAUGUACUAUUCAAGAAUUAAAAUUAACAAAAAAAUCAAAACAUAGUAUAUAUGAAAAAUGCUAUUAUUUUACAUCAAUGAGAUUUAAUUAUGCACAGUGUUUCAAAAUUUUUAAUCAUGUAAAGAAAUGGCAAGAGAUAACAAAAGAAAUAUUUCUUUUAUUUAAUAAACUUAUAUCU